AUUGCAUUCCUACAUCAUGGGCUGGCUGUGGGGUAACAAGAAUACCCCAACCGGGUCAGAUCAGCUCGAUCCUUCCCUCCGUGAAUUCCUCAACAAAGAAGCCCCUACAGGCCCGGCGCCUUCAUUGCCAUCUGCGCCCAAGGAAAAGCCCGCCGAUGCACAAACACCUGCACCCACACCCCCGCCGUCGCAGUCCCAGGAACAGACCGAAUCCGCUAGGCCUCGGGUGCCGCCUCAAUCUCAAUUCCAAGAUGGGCGCUAUGCCUAUCUUUGGAAGAACUACACCCCCCAGGAGAUCCUCGAUGACCGCGGAAAGUCGGAGCAAGACCGGCUGCGAGACCUGGUCGAUGCCUACAACGACCGCAAGGCCUCGAUUGGCCGAAUAGCAAUGGAAAACUGUGCACUUGAGUAUAUGGAGCAAUUUGAAUGCUUUCGAAACCCCAAGACGUGGUGGUCCAGGGGCACAAUGUGCAGCGCCGAGUCGCGCAAGUUCAAUCGCUGCUACGAUAUCCAGUCCAAGUUCCUCAAGGCCCUGGGCUACAUGACCAUGGAUGCACGCUCUCCCGAAGAGGACGAAAAGAUCCAGAUGCACGCCGAUAAGCUGUACCAACGCAUGUUGCAGCAAGAAGCAGAGAUAGAAAAGGCAAAGGAAGAAGGCCGGCCUAUCCCAAAAUUUGAAAGCGUCUUGUCCAAACGUAACGUUGCGCAGGCAAUGGGUGGUAUAUCGCCAACUACCAAGAAUGAACAGGUGACUGAGAUUGGAAAUUUGAAUACUGCCGACGAAAAUGAAGUAUGGGCCCACAUCAAACCAGAAGCACGGAAAGAAUACGAGAAGAAGCUCGAGAGUUUGUCGCCUGAAGAGCGCGAGAUUGAGAGAAUGGCCGUAGUAGGGGAGUUGAGGGCUCAAAAUGGUGUUGCGAAGCAGCUUGAACAGACAUUCAUUGAGGAAAGAGUAGCUCGCAUGAAGAGGAGAGAGGCUGGCCAAGCGACGUUUGGUGAUACUAUCAAGACGUUGUGGGGAUGGGGUUGAACUGCAAAAAGAUGUACGCAUAGAUUGUGUUUUGAUAACGUGUAGAAUUACUCAUGAUACCACAAAUUAUACAACACAUUUCACCGUUU